GUAAGUUUUUUGAAGCGGUUUUUUGGAAGUAUAGCUACUACUAGAAUAGAAUAAGAGGUGUAAAACUGUCAACCCUGCCAAACGGCUGCCGCUCCCUACCUAAGUAGCAAUGAUUGUAAUUAUUUAAAGAAUUGGUAAUCCAGUAAUACGAUACUUGAUAGGAUGUUUCGUCGAGCUCUCGGACGAAGUCGUGAAAUGUUAAAAGAUCUUGUAACGCAUGAAAGUCGAGGAUAUUAUCCCCAUUAUUUCCAGUCGUUUGAAUUUCUGAAUGUUUUUUUAAUUUUUUUUAGAAUAAUAAAAGACUACUGAAGCUAACCAGAAUGUAAAUCAAAGUUGAACAGUCAGGCGACUGAACAAGUUAAUUUUCUAACAUUCUGCAUUCGGCUGAACACUUUACGAAUUGAAGCCCCCUAGUUGACAAAUCUUGCCAUUGAUUGCUUUAUUGGCAUAGCAGCUUCUACGUUGAGUGUGGGUAUCUGCAUUUUCUGUUUCCUCAUGUCCUCAAAAACUAAACUCGAUACAAAAGCCGAUUAUUACUCCAUUCUGAACGUACCAAAAAAUGCAACAGUGCAAGAAAUCCGUAAACAAUACCUAGCAUUUGCUCUAAAAUAUCACCCGGAUCGAAAUUAUGGCAACGAAACAAUGGCUAUAAAGAAAUUCCAACAAGUACAAACCGCUUAUGAUGUUUUAACAGACGUAACGAAACGACGGGUAUGCGAUUCGUCCCGCCCUACUAAGGCUCCGGGAACUUCUAGGUCAAGUUCUUCUUUCAAUAAUUCAUUUUUUAGUCGAAAAACUAGUGCUUAUGCAGCGUAUCGUGAGGCAACUAAGAAUCACCAUCACAAAGAAGAUCCUAGAAAGAGUUAUGAGAACCCCAAACAUGACAGACGGCGUGAUAAGAACGACGGAACAUUAAAAGAUUCUGAGUAUUUACUUAAUGGUAAAAGAUUUUCCAAGUAUGAUCCUCAGUCAGGUAUUGGCAUUCGUACUAAGCAACGUUCAACUAUGAAAGAAAGUCGAAAGAUUAAUGUACCUAAAUUUGUCCGUAAAAAGGAUCUAGACAGUCAUUUUAAAUUCGAAACCCCCCUUCCAGAAAGACAAACUGAGCCUUUAAAGACGGCUAAGAACUUCGGUGCACCUACCUCUUUUCUUCAAUUCGAUCAUAAUAAAACUCGAAUAAAUCGGGAGUCCCUAAAGCCUAACCUCUCGCAAUUGAAGUCGGAGAUAAAUUUAGAUGGACCUGCCACUCAAUCUUACAAAGUGAAUGAUAAAAACUCACAGACUACGAAUGUUCUUUCUAACGAAGAGAAUCAUUGUUCUUCCUCAUCUGAUACCUUCACAGAUUCCUUUAAAGAGAAUAAAAAAAGUCAUGAAAAUGUUCCAAAGCAUAAAAAAGGUUCAACAUUAUCUAUCAAUUCUAAUAAUUUUGAGUUUUCAUUUCAUAACAAUCCGUUCGAUUUUCCGUUUGAUCAACAGUCAAAUAGAUCACCGAAAUGCCGUUCUGAAGAAAAGAAGAGCGAAAUCAAGUCAUUACCGAAAAAAACGAGUUUUACCUUUACUGCGGAAAAGAGUAUGAAGCCUUCCUAUGACAAAUGUUUUCGAGAAAAUAAAAUUCAGUCCGUGAAGGUUGAUUCCAUGUAUUCAACAGAUAAUGGUUACAAAAAUGUUGCUGAUCCCAACAAAAAGUAUCCAGAGGGAUUGAACUCUGAAACGGAUGCUACGAAUGUUUUAUGCACUAAAUUUCAAUCCAAAUUAAAUUUUGUUUCAAAUGGUACUGUUGAGGAUUCGUUAGAUCAUGCUUAAAGUUAGUCUUAUUACAUUACUAGAGACAGAGAGCAUAUAUAAGUCUUAUGUCUUGGGGAGAUUUUUUUGGUUAAUUUUUUCACUCUGAAAGUGGAAACUCUCGGGAUCUGUUAGACGUAUUCCAAUGUUACCUUAAUUAUUCCAACAGAAAAAGUAAUUUUUCGAAUGGGAAAAGUAAUGACUUUACCUUGAGGUUACUCAAAUUAAAACACCUUUAUACA